AUGGGUCUGGCUAUCAUAGCCACAAUGUGUCGCAGUGACGACGAUGACGUCUUGCAAGUGGCAGAAACCCGAUAUGGCGGGGGUUUUCGGACUAGCUUCGGAGGUCAUGGAGGAUUUGGCGGAGGUCACGGUGGGGGUGGAUUCAAAAGAGGAUUUGGUGGAGGUUAUGGUGGCGGUGGAUUCAAACGAGGAUUUGGCGGAGGUCACGGUGGGGGUGGAUUCAAAAGAGGAUUUGGUGGCGGUGGAUUUAAACGAGGAUUUGGCGGAGGUCACGGUGGUGGAAGAUUCGGCGGAGGCUAUGGUGGGGGAUCUAGAGGUAGAUUUCAAGGAGGUCAUCAUGGUGGAUUCACUGGAGGGUUUGGUGGAGGUGGUAAGUUCAGAGGAGGAUCUAGAGGUGGCUUUGGUGGAUUCAAGAGUGGUGGAUAUGGCGGAGGUGGAAGAGGAGGCCAUUAUGGCUAA